UGAUGAAUUAUCAAUAGGUUUCCACUCCUCGGAUCCCACACUUCUGCGCACUGCAUUACACCUUUGCAGUCGAGUCUAUCGAAUCUGGAGUGCCCUGCAUUCGUGCUUGCACUCAUUUUCUCGUCUUGUCGUCGUUGUGGCUCGUUGUGGCACGAUGGAUACUCUGAUGACCUGAACAACGUUAUUUCUGGGACGCUCUCCUCUUGAAAGGCCUAUAUAAACAGUGUCGCUCAGCGCAAUGGUUCUUCACUUUGAAUUCUCGAACUUCCCGAAACCACUCGAACUAUGUCUCGCGUCGUUAUCCGCGCAAUCCCCUUUGCGACUCAGCUGCGCGCAGCUAAAGGUGGUGCCAAGGAACUUCUUGAGCGCGACCGCGCUCGCGCACAGAAGUUCCUGGCUGGAAAUUCCCAUCAUGGCCCCUCAGCUACUAUUAGGGAAUACAAACAACGUCACGGUCACCACUAUAAGGGCACCGCCAUCGUUCCCUCCACCGGUAGCUCGAAUACGUGGGUUGGGGCAAACACGCCAUACAGUCCCACAAGCUCUAGCCACGACACUGGUAACAUCAUAAAUGUUAGUUAUGGUUCGGGGUAUAUGUUCGGGAAGCAAUACACCGACGCCGUGACCUUGGGACCGAAUUUGGACAUCCAGAAUCAAGGCAUUGGUGUGGCGUUCUUAGCGGAAGGGUUCCAGGGCGUCGAUGGUAUAUUGGGUGUCGGUCCCGUAGACCUUACACAAGGAACCGUGUCUAACACGUCAGAGGUGCCUACGGUUACCGACAACUUAUACGCUCAAGGGACAAUCCCUUCUGAUUUACUCGGCGUCUUCUACGCGCCGUCCUCUACUGCUAACGUAGCGAAUGGAGAGAUCACGUUCGGUGGGACUGAUACUACCAAGUACACUGGCUCAAUCAACUCUGUUCCGCUUACCACCACCUCUCCCGCCUCGAAGUAUUGGGGUAUCGACCAAUCGGUAUCGUACGGCACUAGCAACACAAUCUUGAACACGACUUCCGGCAUUGUCGACACUGGCACUACCCUUCUCCUCCUUGCCACUGAGGCCUUCCAGGCCUAUCAAAGCGCAACUGGUGCCACUCAAGACUCGACCACUGGUCUUCUGACCAUCACACCACAACAAUACAACAAUCUUCAAAGCUUGUACUUCAACAUCGGUGGUGUCACCUACGAGUUCACCCCUAACGCUCAGAUUUGGCCGCGUGCUCUGAACAGUAUCCUGGGAGGAAAUGACGGUCAAAUUUAUCUCAUUGUAUCUGACCUCGGUUCCUCAUUCGGGAGCGGGCUGGACUUCAUAAACGGAUUUGGCUGGCUUCAGCGCUUUUACACCGUUUAUGACACCGGAAAGAAGCAGCUUGGUAUUGCGACUACGGCAUACACCGAUGCUGAUACCAACUAAUGACGGUUCACACCGUUUUUUGACGAGUCGACUUCUUUUGUUUCGAGGACUGCAUGUGUACAUUAUGCUACUCACCCGAUUUACACUUUGCUCGCAAAUAGUUUCGAAUCAGGCGUAUUAAUAUACUGUUCGUUGUGGCUAGUAAAUAACUUUUUUUUAUCGAUACCGGAGAAAGGGAUACAUUACACUGCGGUUCACACAGCUUAGAAGACAAUACGUUUAAGUUCCUGGCUCCAGGUGUUUUGGUGGGCCCAAACAUACUUCAUUAUCUACCCAAUCGGACUCAAGUGCUCGAGCGCAGUCUGUCGGACAAAAGUUCUGAUGCAUUUACUACAAAUAGUUGUGUUCGGCAUACUAUGUAUCAGUAUGUACUAUAGUUUUAUAAUUUGCUUUCGAACUCUGUCCAGAGAACGCGCACUUAAUGCAGUGGAC